AUGCCCAAUUCUCCGAGAGAUCCUUCCAGAGACAGCGCAUCCGAACACCAAGACCAUCAAGCAUACUCCAACAAGCACUCCGCAGAAACGUCACAGUCCAUCGUGUCUCCCACCACUCCAAAGAAGACCACUGCCGUCUCUGACGCCGACUCCUCUCCUCUCUCGUCGCCGCCAUCUAUCCUCGAGGAACCCAAAGCCAUCUCAUCCUCUCCACCAGCCGCCCGAACCAGCUCGAGCGAUACAUCCCAUCGCAUCUCCGCCGCCUCGAUCAACACCGCCCUCGAAGAAGUCGGCUACCAGCCUCCUCCCACCGCCGCCGCCCCAGCAGAGACUUUCUGCAUUUGCCUCGCCCCAGCAGACGUGGAAAUCGACCAAGAAGAACUCACCCGCUGUAGCAACCGCCACUGCGGCCCGGGCUGGUUCCAUCUCAAAUGCGUGAAGCUGCCCGACCACCCGCCCAUCACGUUCCGCUGGUACUGCGCCCAAUGCAUCAAGAAAGGCAGGAUCUCGGGCGCGGUGAGCGGGUUGGUGGAUCAUAGACAUCCACAAAGCGGGCUUUGCAGAGAGUGGGUGAAGAAGGAGCGCCUCCGUGAGGCGGAUGAGAAGAAGAUGGCAAAGGCUCUCGAGAAAUUGGAGUCGCGCCGUGCCAAGGGAGAGGGCGAUGAAGCCGUGGAAAACGGCGAUGAAACGGGGAAGAAGCGCAAGAGGGGGCCCGAGAGGCAUAGGGCGGUGAAGAAGAAGAAGGGGGUUGAGAAGAAGAGAGAGGCGGCUCCACGAGCCAUGAGGACGACAAGGGGCAAGAAGGCCCUAUGA